CCUGCAUCAAGGGCGAUCCUCCGCCGUAACAGCCUGAUGUAGACAGCCUGCUGGCCUUCACAGCAUGCAGAACCGAUCAUGGGUAGGUCUCGUCGUGGAAACGGCAAUGAGCAGCAUGUUCCUGGGAUUCGCUGUUUUCUUUGUGGUUCCUCUCGUGCUGGUUUGGAGGUUGACCUUUGGGGCGCUUGGCGCCGCGGCGAAGUGGGCGUCUGCUGUCAGAAUACCUGGCCCAGUAAAGUUCUUUAGAGAGAAACAGAGGGGUGCAAUUGCUGUUGCAAGUGCGCCAAUAACACUUGUGCUUGACUUCCUCUGCUCGUGGAUUGAGGGCGCGGCGGGGAGAGGCAGCAGCAGCGAGAGCCAACAGGCCUACCAAUCCCGCCGACAGACCAGUAGUGCUGCGCAUGCUUCCAGCACAGGGAGCCGUGGUGAACGAGAUGCCUCCGGCCGCAGAUCCCGUGGACAAUCGCAUGCUUUGGGCUUCCUUCACUCCUGCGUGGACGCUGCGCAAAAGCUUUUAAUUUCUGUAUCAAGAGACUCAAAGCAAAACCUGUACAUUGCCGUUCUGCUAAAACGAAAUAAUCACAGCAAUGCUUUCCCUGGAGAGUUUCAAUUCUUCACCUGGAAGACCAAAUCUUCCUGGAAUGAUUCUUCCAACUCGUUGUUAACUUUUCGGGAGUGUAAGGCUGAAGGUUUAAAGUCACUGUAUGGGACUGUGACUCUGCCUUUGGUGAUGCCUAGCUGGGAGACCCACUGA